AUGUUAAAUCCAUGGUUUUAUAAUUUGUGCUACAAAACUCUCUCCAAUGAAUACUUUAAAUUUUCAAAAAUUUCACUAUCUGGAAUAUAUUUCUUCCAAUCUAAAAUAGUAGUCUACUUUGGGAAGCCUUUUACCUUGACAUUGAAUGCGCAUGAUUACAACGAUAAAACCAGGAUUUUUUUCUCUGUUGUUUCAACCUGUUCAGACACAUCCAGUUUAAAUACAAACUUUUCAAUAUCAAUGAGGGAAGAGCCGGACCUAAUUUACAAUGAAAAUGGAAAGGAUGUUAUCGUCUUCUCAGGAAUUGUUAUUACAAAAAAUUACAAUACAAAACUCUUGUCUGUAAAGGAUGAAGCGAAUGCCAGAAGAGUUAAUAUAAAACAGAUGCUACAUCUUUGUGUAAAAUUAAACGAUAAGCAUAUUUACACUAAAAACGAUUAUCUCGUAACGGGACCUAGGCAAAUUAGUAAUAAUGACCUAAAUAAACAAAAAAUAUUUGAAACAAUUUUGAAUUAUAAGUGGUACAGUAAAUUUAACAAUGUACUUCUAAUAACUUUCAUUUCUAAAGAACAUGAGGAGGUUAAUUGUGAGAACAAUGACUUCAAUCCGUAUUCUGAAAAUGUAACAUAUUCAUUUUACAAUUUUUCAAGGACUUUCAUUAACAUUGACAAAUAUUUAAAUAUUAAAAAUUCACUACUUUGUUGGUGUGGAGGCAAAAAUUGUAAAUCUGUUUCAGACUAUUCGACAACUCUGUUGUUUCCAUCGUUUACAGGAGUUAAUACAAUUAUAACUGAAUUAACUGAUGAGCCAAUAAAACUUAUUUAUUUUGGUUCAGAAUUAACCAUUUUCGAUGAAUUCAGAGUAGUUGAUUCUAACGCUAAAUGCGGUAAGAUAAACUCCUCGAAAAUGUCAAAUAAUUUAUUAUCAACUUCCACUCUACUCGAAGAUAUAGACCCAGAUUUUAAAUUCGAUAAGAACAAUUAUGGGUUGGUUAAAAGUUACUCAUUUAACAAUAAAAAAUACAUUUGGGAAUCUUUUCAACUGAUGCUUACCCAAACGAAUAAAAAAACUCUUCUCUACAAGAUAUGUUUUUGUUCAUUUAUUCUCAAUGAACAAUGUAAAUCAGAUCACGAUUUUAUUGAUACAGCUGGCUAUAUACUUAAAAAUAAAACUAAACCAAAAAUAAAGUCGAUGUUACUAAGAAUAUUCAUUUCUUAUUCUGAUAGCUUGAAUAAAACUUGUUCCAGGAAGAAUGAGAAUUCUUAUUUAUCAGUGGGUUAUUCAUUUAGAGUUGAAGGUGACCUUAAAAUUGCCACCCAAUUUGCAACUAAUUUCGUUGGCAGAUACUCUGAAAAUGAAGGUUUUAUUUAUGAGUCAUGUAUAGUUGAAUCUGGACUCGAUGAAUUUAAUUCUAAAAAUUAUAUAAGAUUUUUAAUACAAAACAAAAGUGGAAUAUAUAUAAAACAAAAGUUAAACAUAAGGGCAGCUGUACUUCAAAACAUAAUCAUUCGAGGUAGCAACCUUUCAAAGGAUUAUGUUUAUAAAUUGGCAAUUAUAAGUGUUGAUUUGAACUGUAAUAGUUCACCAACCGACAACAUUCAAUUAAUUGAUUCGGCUCCUUUAGAAAAUAGUAAAGGCAUUUUGUUUGAAAAACUAAUGGUUCACCAAGAAGGGACAUAUAAAUUAUGCAUUAGUAUGUCUAAAAAUGCAGCAAAUGAAACAGAACAAAAUAAAGAAGACGAAGAUGACAAAGAAUCUAGUAGCUCUCAAAGUGAAACGACAAAUCUCGAAUGGUUACAUUUUGGAUUUCUGAGAGUUAAGAAAUAUUAUAUUAACUAUACAUCUGAUUUGAUUUAUUUUGAUUGCGAAGGUUGUGAAAAUAGUGAAAAUAAACCCAAUCUGAAUCAGGAAAAGAAUGAAACUUGUUCUAUAACUGGUUACAAAAAAUUGGUUCAGCUUUGUGUUUUGAAAGAAGAGCAACUAAUUAUAUUGUCAGAUUGUAAUAAUAGGCUUUGGGCUGUAAUGUUUGACGUUAGAAAUGGAGUUGUAAAUGUGUCAAAGGAUAAACUCAGAUUGUUUAUGAAUUUUGUAGGGAAUGAAACAGAGGGAAGCUGGAUACUGUGUAAGGAAAUGAAGUUUCAAAAGUCACUUGUUUUUCUAGGUGAGAAAUAUGCGGUAGUAGUUGAUCUUCCAAUUCAGCGUACCAGCUUAACUUUCCAAAAGAUGUUUAUUGUAACAGCAUACUUUCAGAGGUUGAGACUGGAGUGCCAGCAGACAAUUCUAAGUUAUUUUGCCUGGACCCUGAAAAAAACUUGA